CCCCACUCCUAUGAUUAUAGUGCAUAGUAUAUUCACUUAAUUUAACUUAGUUUGGUAGCGACAUCUUUUAUAGUCAGUGUUAUCAGAAGCCAAAUUGAAUAUAAUAGCAGUACCAUGUCGGCUUCACAGUAUUAUCAUAUACAGUGCACGCCCACUGUUUAUCCUGCUGAUCCAUUUGAUCCUGAAGCUGACGCUGAAAUACUACGCAAUGCAAUGAAAGGAUUUGGUACUGAUGAGCGCACCAUUAUAGAUAUUCUUGCUCAUCGAGGUGUUGUUCAACGUCUUGAGAUCGCCGAUAAAUUCAAAACUAUGUAUGGUAAAGACCUUAUCUCAGAUCUUAAAUCUGAAUUAGGUGGAAAUUUGGAGACUACAAUUAUUGCGAUGAUGACGCCUUUGCCUGAAUUUUAUGCAAAAGAACUGCAUGAUGCUAUUAGCGGUGCAGGAACCGACGAAGAAACCAUUAUAGAGAUUCUUGCGUCUCUUAGUAAUUAUGGUAUUAAGACUAUCUCCGAGGUUUAUAAAAAUAAGUAUGGUAAUGAUCUCGAAAGUGAUAUCAGAGGUGAUACUUCUGGACAUUUUCAAAGAUUGCUUGUAUCUCUUUGCUGCGCUAAUAGAAAUGAAGAUCCAGAAAUAGACGAAACAGCGGCCGCGACUGAUGCCGAAAAACUUAUAGAAGCCGGCGAAGGACAGUGGGGGACUGAUGAAAGUACCUUUAAUGCUAUUCUCAUGACAAAGAGCUUCCCACAACUUCGUAAGAUUUUUGAUACAUACAACUUGAUGACUGGUAAUACUAUUGAAGAUAUUAUUAAAAGUGAAUUUAGUGAUGAUCUCAAAAGUGGAUAUCUUGCUGUCAUAAGAUGUGCUUGCGAUAAAACUAAGUACUUUGCCAAAAGAUUAAAGCAUGCCAUGAAAGGCAUGGGAACAACUGACAACACACUAAUACGAAUAAUUGUAGCACGCUCAGAAAUUGAUUUAGGUGACAUAAAGGAAAGCUAUGAAGAAAAAUAUGGUACCCAGCUAGCUGCAGAUAUUGACGAUGACUGUUCAGGAGACUACAAGAAACUAUUACUUACUCUGCUUGGAUGAAAUGAUGAAUCACACAAGUGAUUAAAUAAAUACAAAAAAA